CUGCAGUAAUUAGCUGCAGACUCAGAGCGGUAGGUGUUCUGUAGAGCGGUCGUGUCGAAAGGAGUUUGAGAAGUUUCGCCAUUUAGCAGUUGUAAUUUGUCUUCAGGAUCCUAAUCAAGAUGCCGCGGAUUAUGAUCAAAGGAGGUGUAUGGCGCAAUACCGAAGAUGAAAUUCUUAAAGCAGCAGUGAUGAAAUAUGGCAAGAACCAGUGGUCACGAAUAGCAUCAUUGCUUCAUCGAAAGUCUGCAAAGCAGUGCAAAGCUCGAUGGUACGAGUGGCUGGACCCGAGCAUCAAGAAAACCGAGUGGACACGGGAAGAGGAGGAGAAGCUGCUCCACCUUGCAAAGCUGAUGCCCACCCAGUGGCGGACCAUUGCACCAAUCAUCGGUCGAACGGCCGCCCAGUGCUUGGAGCACUAUGAAUAUUUGCUAGAUCAAGCUCAGAAGAAAGAAGAAGAAGGGGACAUUCUGGAGGACCCACGCAAGCUAAAGCCCGGUGAGAUUGAUCCCAAUCCAGAGACUAAGCCAGCCCGUCCGGAUCCCAAGGACAUGGACGAAGAUGAGCUGGAGAUGCUGUCGGAAGCCCGAGCUCGGCUGGCUAACACGCAGGGCAAAAAGGCCAAGCGCAAAGCGCGAGAGAAGCAGCUGGAGGAAGCAAGGCGCCUGGCUGCCCUCCAGAAGCGGCGUGAGCUGCGCAUGGCAGGCAUCAUCCUGCCUCCUCGCAGACGCAAGCGCCACGCCAUUGACUACAACAAGGAGAUUCCUUUCGAGAAGCGGCCAGCCCCGGGGCUGCACGACACCUCCGAGGAAGUAUACGACCCGACCGAGACUGACUUUCGACGCCUGCGGCAGCAGCACUUGGACGGGGAGCUGCGCAGUGAGAGGGAGGAGCGCGAGCGGCGCAAGGACAAGCAGAAGCUGAAGCAGCGCAAAGAGAAUGACCUUCCGCCAUCGCUGCUGUCGGCAGAGCCCGUGCGAAAGCGCAGCAAGCUGGUGCUGCCGGAGCCCCAGAUCUCAGACCAGGAGCUCGAGCAGGUGGUCAAGCUGGGCCGGGCCAGCGAGACAGCCCGCGAGGCUGCCCAGGAGGCGGGCCGCCAGGCUUCGGACACCCUGCUGGCCGACUACAGCCUCACACCGGCGACAGGGCCCUUGCGCACGCCCAGGGCACCUGCACUCAGCCGGGACACCAUCCUGCAGGAGGCCCAGAAUAUCAUGGCCCUGACCAAUGUGGACACCCCUCUGAAGGGUGGCCUCAACACACCUCUUCAUGAGACUGACCUGGGUGGACCAGCGACACCCAAGAAGGCAGCACAGACACCCAACAGCCUCAUUGUCACCCCGUUCCGUACACCCAGCACUGCUGCUGCUGACGGCAUGACUCCUCAAGGUGCCAGGACCCCAGGAAGCGUGUCGUGCCAACAACCGACUAGUGCAACACCGCUGAGGGACAAACUGAACAUCAACCCGGAAGAUCACCUGGACUUUGAUUCCAACCAGUCAGCCAAGCACUUUCAGAGGGAGAGCAAGCAGCAGCUGCUCAAGGCACUGUCAUCAUUGCCGUCCCCAAAGAAUGACUAUGAAAUAGUUGUGCCUGAGGAGGAUCCCAGCAUCCAGGAGCCUUCAACAGCAGGCACGUUCGUCGAAGACCAGGCGGACAAGGACGCUGCCAAGGAGCAGCAGAGGCUCGAAAAGUUGGAAGCGGAGCGGAAGCUGCAGUCUCAUGCCGUUCAGCGUGGCCUUCCUCGGCCGCUGGACGUCAACGCUUCGGUGCUGCGGCCUGCGCACACGGAGCCCCCGCUGACGGAGCUGCAAAAGGCCGAGGAGCUCAUCAAGCAGGAGAUGCUAGUGAUGCAGCAUCACGACGCCCUGCACAACCCGACCGAGGCCCAGCAGUGGAGCCGCAAGGGAGCGGGCGACGAGGCUGCCCACCUGGCAUACCUCGAGCGCCACCCAUACCAAAAGUACAGCCAGGACGAGCUGGACGCUGCCCAUGAGGUCCUUCAGGCCGAGAUGGAUGUGGUGAAGAAGGGCAUGGGCCACGGGGAGCUCAGCUUGGAGGCCUACUGCCAGGUGUGGGACGAGUGCCUGGCGCAAGUGCUCUUUCUGCCUGCUCAGAACCGCUACACCCGGGCCAACCUGGCCUCCAAAAAGGACCGCAUAGAAUCACUUGACAAACGCCUCGAGCAAAACCGAGGUCACAUGACCAGAGAAGCCAAGAAAGCGGCCAAGGUUGAGAAAAAGCUUCGGGUGCUGCUGGGAGGCUACCAGUCACGAGGACAGGCCUUGAUAAAGCAGAUCCAGGAGCUUGCGGAGCAGAUUGAGCAGACACACUUGGAGCUGAAGACCUUCCGAGCUCUGCAGGAGCACGAGUCGUUGGCCAUCCCAAAGAGGGUUGAGGCUUUGACUGAAGAUGUCAACCGUCAAGUGGAGAGAGAAAAGGCACUGCAGAAGCGCUAUGAUGAUCUGCUUCAACAGAAGGAGCUCAUUGAAGAAGCCCUGCUGGACAUCAGAGCCUAAAGCUUGGAACACAUUUUCCUGGUCCCGUCAGAAGAGUCUAUUGUACUUUGUUAAAUAUGCAACAUUUCUUAGCCGACCAAAAGUAUCUGUCUAUCUACAUGCAUCUGCACAUCCAUCUAGCAGCCUACGUCUCGGUAAGAGAACUUGACAGAUAGGACUGCCUGGUCAUGACAUGAAUAAUGUGAAAAUCCUGUGGCAUAUGUUGGCACAUAGGGCACAUACACUAAUACCGUUGGCUGGGGUUUGCGAGCAUGCACCACAGGUAGUUGACCUUAUGUCUACCCAGGAACAGUGAGAACUUUCAUUGGUAAUUGAACUGCAAGGAGGUUGAGAAAAACUGACAUAGGCAACAGUGACCCAACAAAUGCAAAGGAUUACUGCAGGAAUCGAACCCAAGCAUUCUGUCCGGCAGUCGGGUAUUCCACCACACAUGCAGCACCAUUUCUUAAAAGUGCUUUGGAAAAAGACCUUAUGCAGGUGUAAUGGCGGUGCAACAUCAAUUGUGGUUACUGUACCAGCUAUUUAAUUUCAUAAGACGAUAACCGCUACAUGCUCCAGACGUCAGGUAGGGUUAAGGGGAUAUGCGAUUCGAAAAAAAGGUUUUGUCAAUCUGUUGCUUGGGCAAUAAAUUAUUUUUUGCUGUAUAUAUAGGCUUUUGUGAUGAUUUUAGAAAGUAAUUAGUUUUAUAGUAAGUUGCACCGUUCUCGCUUCGUGUGAUGACAAUGUAAAGUUUAGUUUGUCUUUAAUAAACACUCUGUGGCACUAAA